AUGACCGACAUUCUGAACGUCAAAGACAAGCCGGUCUUCGACGAUCGCAUCGUCAGGAUCGAGACUCACACGUACAAUCCGUACGUGAACACGACGUUCGGACACAGCGACGAGAUACGAAUACCCAUACAGCAGCAGGAUCUGUACACGUUACCCUGUGAAAGCUAUCUCUACGUCGAGGGAAGACUCACGUCGAAAGAGGAAAACGCGGAACGACAGCCACAGCUUGGAAUCAAUUGCGUGUCGUUCAUGUUUGAGGAAAUUCGCUACGAACUCAAUGGUACUGAGAUCGAUCGUGGCAGAAACGUCGGAAUAACUAGUCUUUUGAAGGGCUAUGCAACGUUUUCGGAUGACUACACGCAUCAUAUGGAGAAUGCCGGAUUUCCACAUCCGGUUUUUGACAACGAUUUAAAAAGACUAGUAUCACGCGAUGGAUACUUUAGUUUUUACGUACCGUUGAACAUGUUGUUUGGCUUUUGCGAAGAUUACAAACGCGUGGUGAUCAACGCGCGUCACGAACUGAUUCUGAUACACUGA